GUUCUGCUGAGAUUCGCGCGUUGUUUUGUGUUUCCCAACAAGCUUUCGGAUGGUACCUUAGUCUGCUGUUUUUACGGAGCACUGAGAGAUUCUGAAAGGGUGGUAACGCCAAGUCAAGUGCCCUUUUCCUUCGUGCUCCGAACCUCCUAGCAGGGUAAUGUUCUGCUCAGGAUUUCGUUGUGGCGUUUCACUUACCCUCCACUCCCUCGUCCAUCCCGAGAGAUCAGAGAAUCAUCCUCAAUGUAGCCUCGGGAACACACAUCUCCCGGAGGGUACACUCCACCGUGUGUCUGCGGUCCCGGCACGAGUGGCCUCCAGCUGAUCCGGCUUCUGACCCACGGAAGCGCGUCGAAUUCCCGGAUUGAACAGAAUAUACCCCCGUUAACAUCCUAACUCCAGAAUAGCGUCUGCAGGUAGCAAUUACCUCACGUUUUGGGUGGGGACUUUUCGUCCAUUUCCCAUAGCUGCACUGUAAUAUGCCCUGUCUCCCUUGUCCCGUCUCACAUCGCUCGUAGGUGGCGGCCCUUUUUCUCUCCCUACAAAGUUGUCAUUCUUGUCAUCUUCCUAUGUGCGGAGUUCUCUGCAGACAUUCUGGACGGUUUGAAGGCGUUUCUGCUGGACAACACCGGUGUGUCGAGCGAGACUCUCGCUGAUGAACUGCUCUGUCCGGCCUCCACUCUGCUUCAGCUGCAUACCGUUUCGCGGCCGUGUUCAUUUCCCCGAGAGCUGCGGUCUGCUUCUUCGUCAAUUCGUCCUCCCUCUCCUUCGGGUGGUGCACGUUAUUUUGGAAGAAGGCCUGCAGUGUCUUUAUCGUGGGCGUGAAUGAGUCGCGUGUCUCAGUGAUCAGUCACGCCCGAGCACACGAGAUAAUUAUGUCGUCUUAUUUAUCGUCUCCCCCUUCGCAGGGGAGACCAAGACAACCGCCAUCUGCUCGUCCCUUCAAUGCGGCCUUCUUCCUUCAGCAGGAAAACUCACCAGCCAGAGGCCCUGACCCGUAUGCUACGCCUGUCCAGGGCAACCAACAGCCUGAAAGGCAACUCCCUCCCUUGUGUCUGUACAGCAGCGAAGACUCAGCACUUCAGGCCACUACAGAUGACGCUGCAAGCAGCAAGCUGAGUGCUGUUCUUCUGAACUAUUACCGGGACGAUUCGCUCCCCUUCUUCGUCAAAAAGCGAACGCGACGCGCACCACUCAUCAAUCGAGGCUACUUUUCCCGCGUCGCGGCGAUUCGCCAGCUCCUCGCCAUUUUCGUCGACGAUGUGUGCUCCCAGUACAGAGAUAUGUCCAGUCUCUACCGCAGUCAAAGCCAGCCGCCGAGUUCUUCAGUCUUUUUGUCUGCUGUGGAGAUAGAAAGACGCGCUGCUGGAUACGAAAAAGGUCCUCUUCCGACUGAGUGGCCCAUUGACAAUCCACCCGUUCAAUUCGUAAAUUUCGGCGCCGGCAUGGACACCUUGUACUUCUGGCUGGCUGAACGGUAUAAAAACAUAAAGGUGUUCGAAGUGGACUUCAGCGAGGUGGCUGCAGUCAAAGAAUGCAUCCUGCGCCACAACCCCGAUCUCUGGAAGAAGAUCGCGCCUUCCUCGCCCGCCGACUUUCAUAGUGUCGCUGCAGAGAGCCAUGCGGGAGAGGGUGUCGGCCUCAACACGGGAAAAUAUGCUUUGAUCGGAGCUGACCUGCGAGAUGUACAGAGUGUCGAGUCAGCCCUGAAGAAGAAGGGAUUUCGCGACGACCUGCCAACGUUCUUCCUCAGCGAAUGCGUUCUCGUCUACAUGAACACUCCUGAAGCCGACGCGGUCCUCCGCUGGGCUGCCAAAGCCGUGAAAUCCGCUCCCAGUGUCGUGGCGGUGUACGAACAGUUGAACCCGGAUGACGCGUUUGGCCGAACCAUGGUGAAAAACCUGCAGACGCGCGGUUGUCCCCUCAUGACCAUCUUCGACUACCCAACUCUCCAGGCACAGAAGCAGAGAUAUAUCAACCUCGGCUGGUCCGCCUCGUCCGUGGCUGAUAUGAACACGGUGUACGACAAGUUUUUGCCCCGGGAGGAGACGCAACGCGUCCAGCGGCUGGAACUGUUUGAUGAACUGGAGGAAUGGCGACUGAUUCAGGCUCACUACUCGAUUGCGGUCGCUGUCAGUGACCCUGUGCAGUGUGAACAUGGACGAAAUGGCAACGAGAAGAUGACCCUGCCGCGCCUGAAGCAGAUCUACGAAGGCAUGAAUUAAGAAGUCCACUUGGUUCCACACUCAAAUUGUUUGUCCUCGUGGCACCUCAUGGGCCAGAUGAAGGGAAGAGUGCAUUUCAUUUGGUGUGAUGUCUUAUAUUCUGUCUCGUUCAUGAGAUGCCAAGUGUGUACGGAGGGGUUUUCGAGCUACUGACUGCAGAUGGCCACGGCUAACUGAUUGGAGUCCUCUGUUUCUGUGAAUUGAGAUUCUUUCCUCCGACUCCUUGGAAGCCGCGCUUUUGUGUC